GCUGAAAGCAACCAUCUACUCAAGGACAUCAGAUCUAACGUGAGGUUUGGACACACUGGGCUGAUGAGCACACUGAACAUCAUGAAGACACAUGGUAAAAAGACGAGCCGGAGAAAUGUCCGCCAGACCGGGCUUUUACCGGCAGGAGCUCAACAAGACCGUGUGGGAGGUUCCGGAGCGAUACCAGAACCUGACGCCGGUGGGCUCCGGAGCCUAUGGAUCCGUGUGGGCAGGAGCUAAUAUGGUGAACUGGACCGUUGAUGCCUGUCUCCCCUUAUGUCCUCUUUCCACCCUGUCCUCCUGCCCCACCCGCCUGCCUGACGAACAGUACAUCCAUUCAGCGGGAUUGAUCCACAGAGACCUCAAGCCAAGUAAUGUGGCAGUAAAUGAGGACUGUGAGCUGAGGAUUCUUGAUUUUGGAUUGGCCAGACAGACAGACGACGAGAUGACGGGGUACGUAGCGACCCGCUGGUAUCGAGCGCCAGAGAUCAUGCUGAACUGGAUGCACUACAAUCAGAAUGUUGAUAUCUGGUCAGUGGGAUGCAUCAUGGGAGAGCUCCUGAAGGGAAAAGUCCUUUUUCCUGGCACUGACUAUAUUGACCAGCUGAAGCGAAUCAUGGAGGUGGUCGGGACUCCGACACCUGACCUGUUAAAGAAGAUCUGCUCUGAACACGCUCAGAAGUACAUCCAGUCUCUGCCCUUCAUGCCCCAGCAGGACCUGGAAAAGAUCUUUAGAGGAGCAAAUCCACUAGCUGUCGAUCUAAUGAAGCGUAUGCUGGUUCUGGACUGUGACGGGAGGAUCUCGGCCAGCGAGGCUCUGUCACACCCGUACUUCUCCCAGUACCAUGAUCCAGACGACGAGCCAGAGGCGCCGCUUUACGAUCAAACACUGGAGAGCAAAGACCGAACUCUAGAGGAAUGGAAAGAAUUGGUAUUCGAAGAGGUGAGCAGCUUCAAAGCAUCCGGCAGCAAAACUGACAGCCUUCAGGUGGAGCAGUAAACCUCCCCCUGCUCUGCCUCUACCUGGAUUGGAGCCGUGUACUCGGUGGGUAAGAGAAAAAGGACUGUGGCAAAAAAAACUCCCCCCUGCUCAGUGUGACUGUGUUUGAUUGCCCUUGAGUGUGUUUGAGCAGCAGGGAAGGACAGUCUUCACAGGAUCAGACGACACACAUUAAAAUUUACCGGAGGCAUUUAAGGACAAGGAAGGAUCUCUUCAGUUCAGAAAGUUGACUUCUCUUAUGUUUCCACUGGACGAGCGCAAAAAAAGGAACAGCUCGACUAGACUACAACAGGGACCACUGAGGACGCAAGGGUUCAUACGAGGGGUUGACUUUAAGGAACUGAGUUGUUUUUACAAACGGAAAGAAGGCUAUUGAAGGACGAAAGAAGAAACGCACACUAGGCACUAGGAUUUCCAAAGCAAAGACUGAGAAAAAACAAACUCCCUCUGGUCCCAUAUCAUGACAAGUACAUGUAUGAAAUCCAUGUUUAAACGCUUUCAGCAGUGUCACGUCAUAUCACAGAACAGCUUCAGCCUGCAUACUACUGCAUGAUUUAUGUGCAUUUUAUUAUUACAGAAUAUUACCGGUACUGUACUAUAACCAUUAAGACUGUGUAUUGCAUCUGCUACACUGGCAUUAAACCAGUAUGAGGGUCAGAGAGAGGCAUUACCAGUGAGGUGUCCAACUUUCAACUUUUACUUUCAACCCGGUCAAAGACGCAAACAAAGCGCUGCUGUUCUUCCCCCGAUGACACUCAUCCUCUUCUGCUCACAGACAAGUGAACACCAACUGUGCGAUUAAUUAGCAAGGUCAUCAAUAUAUGCCAAAGCUGGAAUGGAGUGACUGUUGCUGCAGGUCUGUGUUUACAGUGUGACCUCGCCUCGCCUCACUUGUUGGGCCGAGGCGCCGUGCCGUCAGGUUUCCAUCGUUCUCCACCGUGUCUUUCACAGCCAUGGGUUGAGUUUACAGUAAUUACGAUUACAGGCCUUUUGUAAACUGUGAGAAACAGUGUCCAGAAUGUGUGUAGCAGAGCUGGAGAAAAAAUAUAUCAAAACGUGUAGCUCCGUCCAAGAAAUGACUCAACAACUGCUCUGAGGAUUCACAGAAAGUAGCCAGGGAGCUCUUUAGUGAUGCUUCAUGUCUCCUCAGCCUCCUUUGAGUUUUCACGAUGCCUGAGUAUUAUGACGAUUGUACACAUCCAUUAUUGACCAUAGUAUUAAAUCAUCUGGCUGUGUUCUCAUUUGUGGGUAUGUCAAUGUAGCUGCAGUUCAGAGCCUUUUGCAAGAUUGAGCGACUUCCCCACUGACACUGAGUCAUUCAUGUCGCAACAAACUGUUUUAGAGUUUUAGUUUGACGCACGAUUAGCUGAGGUAGAAAUAAUCUGAUUAAGUGUUAAACCACAAAGCACAGUGAUGGUAGCUAACCAGUGAAGGUCAGUAGAAAAUGUCAAGAGGAAACGAGAAGUCUAACCCAACUUUUCUGUGUCAUAGUUAAAUGCAUCAAACUACAUCCUGUAAUUUAACUGUCAGCUGCUGUUUAGUGCAGCACCACAACGGCUUACUAAGCAUGGAAGACACAAAAUGUCCUCUGAGGUUAAAGCAGAUCGAGAUAUGGGAUAAGCAACAGGACAAGAUGUCAAGUUGAAGCUUCAUUAACUGAAGCCAGCUGACAUUUCCAGAGCUGAAAGGGCCAUAAAUCAGGAUCAGGAAUAAAUCUGAUAUAUUAUUAUAUUGUAUCCGGAUGCUCCAGAUGUUCUUAAAGCUACACUGUGCAGUUCUCAGACAAGUUGGAUAUAGACAUUUGUCAAAAGUUGCUCUUUAGGUUCGUGAAAAGAUUUUAUUUCUACUUGGAAUCUGCUGUUAGGGAUAUGUGAACAAACAGGUUAGUAACAUUGAGUUUGCAAUAACAAAGUAUUACUCUGACAUGUGUGCAAUGUUUUUAGCGUCCUUUCAACAAAAAUUUGCGCAAAGCAGAGUAAACCCCAUUUAUUCAUUAGUCAGAUUAAUGGUUUGAAUGAGUGAGUCAUCUGCUGAACGACAAAUAAGUAAAAAAUGACAGAUACUGUGGGACCAUUUAUGAUUAAUGGAAUUUAAGCACAUUCAGUCUAAAAUAGUAGUAAAUAUAUAUGUGACGCUCAUUAUCAUUCUCAACUUCUGCAGAUAUAUAUUCUUAAACUUAAUCUAAACAGACUCAAUGAUUUGCUAGAUUUGUUUAACUGACCUUUUAAUGCCAAGUAGCAUUAGAAGUCUUAUUUAAUGUGUAUUUGUUGUUGCUUUAUUGUCAUGUGAGGAAAAAAUGUGAUGCUGUGGUUCAACCCAAUUCGAUUAUUUCUACCUGGAAAAUAUAAAUACAGCUGCAAAAUUGUUUUACUGCUUUGGCAUAAUUUUAAAGAAACACAAGAGAGACAUUCUAAAGUAUUUUUCCUUAGUGGGUCACGCUGGAGGUGCACAUGUAGCCUUUUGUGCGAGUUGUCCGUCAACACUGGAAGCGAAAUGUUGAAUUUACAGUCCAAAUGAAUUGAAGCUGUCUUAGUCGAAGCGUGUUAGAACUCUGAAUGUUCAAGCGUUACGUGCUUACGUGUUGUACAUGUGAUGGAUUUGAAUAGCAAACUGCAAACCGAAUGUAUAUGUAUACUGUAUGUAUGUGUGUGUGUUACAACUUCCAAGUGUCUUUUGAAUACGUGUUGGCAUGUGAUUCCGCUGUAGCCAUAAGUUUUCACCAAACUGAAUGUGCGCUCUCAGAUUUUUAAAACAUUUCGGAUGAUUUUCUCAUUCAUCAUUAACGGGUAACGUCACUUGGCAAGUCUUGGCUUCAACAGAAUAAACAUCAUAAUUUCUGUUUGUCAGUAUAUUGUUGUUUUUUAGUUCUGCAUGCAUUCUACAUGCAUGGCCCCAGUAUAAAUAGCAUAUUUUAAGUUUCACAGUAUUAAAAGCAAAAUUGAUAUAUUAUCAUGUAUGACAGCAUCUGUAGGUUUUGCUAUUGGAGUUGGAGCUGGUUUGAACUACUUUAUAUACAGUUUUAUAUACAUAGACUUCUUCUGUCAAAGACAUGUAGUGUAGUAGAAUCUGGAAUGUUUCCCUUUAAAAUGUAAUGGAUGUACUCGGUACCAGUUUCACUUGGCUGUAAACAUUGUGAUACAUAAA